AUGGCACAAUCAGUUAAUAUUAUUGACAAUGUCGUAAAAGCCUCUUUACCGCUCUACGGUGUGACAACACUCUUCGGAGGUCUCGCCAAUCGUGUAGUAUCAAGUGAAUUUGCUGUUGAACUACAAAAUAAUUUAGUUCGUGCCCACAAAGCUGGUGCUGGCUCGAUUAUGCCACUAGAAUCGAUUCGCGGAGCUAUGCUUUUGCGAGCCAAUGCUCAUUUAAUUGGUGCCUCAGGUAUCCGUCGACAGUGGGACGAGCGACUUGUUCUUUUCUUGCGCAAAGACGUCACACCUCUCGUACCUGAAUUCGGAUCUAUAGGAGCAUCGGGUGAUCUCAUACCUAUGUCGUAUAUCGCUGCAGCCAUAUCUGGUGUAGAUGAAACUGUACAAGUAGAUUUUCAAGGUGAAAAGAUCAGUGCACCUGAAGCAUUGGCACGACUCGAACUCAAACCUGAAUUAUAUAAUGCAAAAGAAGGCCUGGCCAUGUUAAACGGAACUAGCGUGAUGACGGCUUCAGCGGCACAUGCUUGCUAUGAUUUUUACAUACUAAUGGCUGUUACACUUCACGUUCACGCGAUGGCUUUGCAAGCACUUACUGCCAGUAACCAGCCGUUUCAUCCAUUUCUUCAUAAGAUUAAAGGUCAUUAUGGGCAGAUCGACGUAGCAGACAUUUUACUUGAACUGAUCGACGGCUCCACAAUGAUCUAUGAUGCACUCGAUGGAAAAUUAACCAAGAGUAGUGGUGAGGCACUUGUUCAGGAUCGAUAUUCUUUGCGAUGCUGUCCACAAUUUCUUGGUCCCAUAGUCGAAACAAUGUAUGACAUUACACAAAUAAUUGAAAUCGAAAUGAAUUCAGCCAAUGACAAUCCUUUGAUUGAUACCAAUACUGGCAAAGUUUACUGUGGUGGUAAUUUUCUUGGUGAGCAUGUGGCCUUAGCUAUGGAUCGACUACGACAAGUUAUUGGUCUUAUGGCCAAACAUCUGGAUGUACAGGUCGCCCAGUUGGUUACACCUGAGUUUAAAAAUGGUCUACCUGCUUGUUUAGUUGGUAAUCGUGCUCGUCAAGUAAAUAUUGGUGUCAAAGCUCUUCAAAUUUGUGGUAAUUCAAUUAUGCCCGUUUUGCUUUUUCUUGGUACAUCUAUAACCGAUAAAUUCCCCACACACGCUGAACAGUACAAUCAGAAUAUCAAUUCAAUGGGACAAAUGUCUGCAUGUCUCGCUCGUCAAUCAAUUUCUACAUUGUGUCAACAUUUGAGUAUUUGUCUUCUUGUUUGUGUUCAAGCACUUGAUUUACGAGCCAAUAUUAUUGAGAAAGAAACUAAUUAUGAUGCUCGUCCAUUACUCUCGGAAAAUACUCGACGUGUUUAUGAAGCUGUUCGAUUGAUUAUAAAUGUACCUAUUGACAGAAAGCGUCCUUAUAUUUGGGAUGAUGGAGAGCAUGCAUUGGAUGAACAUAUAGCUCGAGUAGCCGAAAAUCUCAUCGGAAACGAAAAUGGACCACUCUAUAAAUUAUUUUCUUUAACUAUAAUGGAUAGUUUACAUUGUGCUGAUCCUGGUGCAAACCAAACUCAUCAACCUCAAGGUCAUGAAGAACAAGUCGCAGGAGUAAAUAUUUAUAAAACAGGUCAAGGAAAAUCGGCUAUUGUUUUAUUUACUGAUAUAUUUGGUUAUACUUUUAUUAAUACCCGAAAAUUAGCAGAUCGUUUUGCUAAUGAUACUGGUACAACAGUUCUUAUACCUGAUUAUUUUCAUGGAGAUCCAAUGAAUCCUACUAUACCCAAUUAUAGAGAUUUGUUACCUGAUUGGCUAAAAAGACAUCCGACAACUGAGGCAUGUGAAAUUGCAGAUAAAUUUAUUUCAACUAUUAAAGGACAUUAUGAAUCAAUUCAAGUAAUAGGUUUUUGUUAUGGUGCUAAAGUAGUAGUUUAUUUAAUAACACAUCCUGAAUUAUCAUCAACAAUAAAAGCAGCCAUAGUUGGACAUCCAUCAAUGUUAGUGAAAGAAGAAGCUAAACAAAUACGACGACCUAUUCUCUUUUUAUGUGCAGAAAUUGAUCAUAUUUUUACACCUGAUAUUGAAGAAUAUUUUGAAAAAGAAUUAGCUACAAGUGGUUUUGGAACAUUUCUCAAAUAUCCCGGUACUGUUCAUGGUUUUAUUGUUCGACCAGAUGGUUCUCCACAAGUUAAUCAACAAAGUGAAAAAGCUGUUCAAGAUGCUAUCGAAUAUUUUAAAAAGAAUAUUUAA